UUCGGGAAAUUAUUUUCUGUGAAAUUUUCAUAUGGACGGUUCAUUUCUGCAAUGUAGUAUGUAUGAAUUUUAUAUUUGCGCAGAACUAAUUUAAAUUAAUUUAAGUAACAAAAGAACGUUUAAUUGAGUUGGAGAAAGUGUGAAGAAAGAUGGAGAAGAAGAAAGAGAAGAAGAAUGAAAAUUCCGGACAUGUUCGUGUUUUUAUUCGUUUCAAGCCACAAAAUGAUCAAGAUCAAGCUCAGUAUAAUAUAACACCCCGUGCGGAUCAGCUCCAUGUACCUGACGCACAAGGCAAAAUAGAACAAGAUAAAUGGUACAAAUUUGAUCGAGUUUUUUCAAAAUCCGCAUUGAAUCGAGAGGUAUACAAAACAGUCGGGCAUUCAUUGGUCGAUGGUGCAUUAAAUGGUUUUAAUGGCGCCCUAUUCGCGUACGGACAAACAGGGAGUGGUAAAACUCACACCCUCAUGUCGAAAGAUGGGAUGACAGCACAUUUAAUUAGUCAACUGUUCAAUCGCAUUUGGAACGAUACUGCGUAUCAAUAUAAGGUCACGUGUUCGUAUUUACAAAUUUAUCAAGAGCAUAUACACGAUUUAUUAAAUGCGAAUCCGAAGUUAGAUUUCAAUAUCCGUGAAGAUCCCGAAUCCGGCACGUUCGUGGAAAACUUGUCGAGUUAUAUUUGUCACAGUCCAACAGAUGUUUACGAACUUCUCAAUAUCGGUCGUAAAAGACUUGUAUUUGGCGAGACACGUAUGAACAGGUUAUCUAGCAGAUCCCAUGCUGUUUGCCAACUGGUCAUAGAAAGAAAGAAGAAACCAAAACAAACAGAAGAGCAAAACUCUCCCAUUGAGGUGAGUUCACCAAAACAUAAUCAAAAACCGGUCGUAGAAAUACCAGAACUCGAUUUUGAAACUAUUCCAUUUCGUCAAUCAAACUUAAAGAAACGUCACAGUAUCGCUGUUUCGAAACCAGUGAGACGAAACAACUCGAUGGGUAACGUUUCAUCGAGAAAGAAUCGAGCAUACACACCACGAAGAACUAAAAACGGAAAUCUUCAUCCGGGAACCAUGAACUUAAACAAAAGAUUUUCUGCAAAUUUUGAUCGCGGAGCAUUUAAUCCAGAUGAAUUGCCAUCUAGAUCCCAUACUCCUGAACCCAGACUCUCCAUGUCGGCAUCUGCAAACAACUUUCGUAGUUUAAGAAGAGGUAAUUCAAAUCUGGAUGCAGAAGCAGCUAGCAGGCUUACUAUUCGUCGCUCGUCACGUCCAGAAACACCUGACUUAUCGAGGUUAGAUAGUUUGAUGCUAUCGAACGCAUCACUGGCAGAUGAACUGGCUAAUAGUACUGACAGUGUGAUUGAUGAUAUGUACUGGCAACUUGAAGCAAGUACAACUGAUAUUUCUAAGGUAUUUGGGGAACAAAAUUUAACAGGAGAAGAGGCUUUUGCGGAAUCUACGGCUGAUGAUGUAACGUCCAUUAUUUCAAGCGACGACGCAAAAACCGAAAGCGAGGAAGAAGUUGAAUCUGUGGAUGGUGGUAUACUAUUAAAAUCCAAAAUAAGCAUUGUUGAUUUGGCAGGAAGUGAACGUUUAAAAAAAUCUCAAGCAGAAGGAGAAAGAUUACACGAAGCCCAGCAUAUAAACCUAUCGUUACUUGAACUUGGGAAUGUUAUAUCAGCACUGGCAGACGGUCAUCGGUCACACGUACCGUACAGAAACUCGUUAUUGACUCGAUUAUUACAAGACAGUUUAGGUGGUAAUUGCAAGACAAGUUUCGUUUUAUGCGCUUCCACUGCGUUGGACGAUAUACACGAAACGAAGUGCACACUUGAGUUUGGUCAGCGGCUUUUGAAAGUAACAACGCAACCUAAAGUAAACAUAGAGGUUGACUAUAAACGUUUAUGCGAAGAAUUGAAAGCAAAAGUAGAAGGAAUGGAAGAAGAACACGAAAAAGCAACGCAAAGUAUGAGAAAGAAGUUAGAAGUCCUAGAGAAAGAAAACAAGUCUCUUGUAGAAAAAUUGGAUUCUCAACAAACAUCCACACGUAACUUGCAACAAGAAUGCAACACUAAAAACACAAAGAAUGCGGAAUUAACUGUUGAAAUCGAAAGACUGAAGAAAAAGGACACACUGAAUGAAAAUAUAAUAAAGAAAAAAGAAAAUGAAAUAACUGAAGCAAAGGAUGAAAUAAAACUAUUGUUAAAAGAAACAAAAAAAAUUGCAGCAGCAGCUGCGAAGAAGAAGGACGUGAAACAUAUUGGAACAAACACUUCCCUUACAACAACAAAACACACAGCGUCGAAUACAUGCUCACUUCUAAGACCUGAAGUAACUCAUAGUUCCACAAAUACAUCACCUGUACAUAAACCUGCAAUUUGCGAAGUAUCCUUAUCUCCAAUACCACAACUAUUACUUGAAGACUUCUUCAGUAAUACUUCACCCGUACAUAAACCCGUAUUAUUAGACACAUCUUCAUCGCCUACCCCGCAACCGUUGUUAGAAAACAGCUUUAGCAAUACGCCCCCAAUACCUUCUGAAAAUGCCUAUAGUAAUACCUCCCCUGUACCUGAAACCUUGAUGGAAGAUUCAUCAUGUAAUACUUCACCUGCUCCUCAAACUCUACUGGAAGAUUCAUCCUGUAAUACUUCACCAGCUCACCAGCAAUUAUUAGCAACGACGAUUGACGCUUCUUCUAAUACUUCUCCCAUUCGAUCCUUUAUUCAAAAAGUUUCUGUGCACAAAGCAAGCAACACAUCACCUAUUCAUGUGUCAACACACGCCACCUCUCCAAUUCACCAAUUAAAAGUUCAUGAGUUUGAGCGCAUGCGCAAUGUCCUCCUAGCUGAACUGAUGUCACUACAGUUGUUAUAUAGCAUGUUUGAUUUAACAAUAAAUUAUCAAGUUGAAGGGAAUAAUAAAUCCACUGAACUGGAAAAUCCAAUUAAUGAUAAUGAUAGACUUGAAAAUAAAAAAGACCAUAGCCCCACUCCGUCUGGAUAUGAGACGGGUUCCCACAGUCAACUGGACAUUGACAGAACAUCUAUGGUUGAGAAACACGAGAGUGUACCACACUCGCGAAAUGUAACUCCAGAUUAUUUCAAAUUUCCAAAUACUGAAAAUUAUUUGCAUGACGAUAACACGAUGUUGACGAAACUUCAAGAAUCGUACACUCCGAAGACGGGCGGUUUAUUGGAAGAAAUAAUCGAAGCGCAAUUAUCUGGUUGCUUUUCUAAUUCAAGUGCUGUGUCUGCAUUACCUGUGGAGGAGCGCAUUGCUUUUCUUCGGAAAGAGAUAGGUGAUCAUAAAAAGUCGAUAGAUGACGAACUGGUGAAAGUAGCUGAAGAAAUUUUGAAGGAAGAAGAUCUGGAAGAGGAAGGUGGUCGGGUAAGAAAACGUGGGGUUUAUUCAAAAUUAGUUCAAAAGUUGUCUGAUCCAGAUUCAUGUGCUGAGUACAACAUCGAACAAUUUGAACAAAUUCUUAACUUGGUACUUGUUGAUCACUCCCUUACUGGUUGUUUACUGGCUCUGUCGCAUAAACGAAAAAAUAAAAAUACCGAAAACAUGAUGCGUCGCUUAUCCAGCUUUAAAUCUACUCCAAAAUCACUUUUGGAUUAUAUUGACAUUGAUCAAGAAUUAUACGGAUAUGAAAACGAGGCCGCUGUGUUCCAUGACGAUGACGAUGUAGAAACCAUGCAUGAUUUAGAUACAGUUGACAACAUUUUGGACUAUUCAGCGCCCGAUUCAGCAGAAUUCCCAGAAGUAUUGAAAGAAAACGAUGGUAUUGUGGACAGUGAAGUGUCCGAGUUAGGGUCGGACAGUGAAUGUGGAAGCCCUUCUCCACAAAAGAAAGGACUACGACGUUUCUUCUGCAUGCCAGUAAAAUCAAUGAAAGGAAGCAAAAGUUCUAAACCAGUAAAAAAAGCGAAAAGAUCGAGAAAGCAAGAAGCCUUACUGGAUUCAGAAAUAUAAAUGAAACAUGCAACCUAACGUGGUUCAUACCGUCGACUUUACUUAACAGAUUCUUUGAGGAUUCCUGAUAUAUAUCAACAGAUAUUCGUAUUUUAUUCUAUUGAAUAAGAAAGAAGGAUUCUUUUUUAGAAUACGCCACUUAAAAAUUCUCAUCCCUUAUAUCAGUCAACUUAAUUGUAAAGAGGUCCAUUUAGUUUGCUGUCAUAAAGAAGCGACUUUACAUUAAUGUUAUUUAAUUUCGUAAGUUUCCUGACAUUUAAUGUGUUUUUAUUUCCACUUCACGUAAUUUGCUUUGCGAGACUUGUAAUUUUUUAUAAUUUUUUAUUUGGUUUCUGCACUGGUGUGUUUAGUGAAAGAUUUUCUAAAUGUACCUAAGCCAUUUGACCAACCUUGUCCCCAGGGCCUUAACAUUUCGUUUAAAAAAACCUUGGGAACAAGGUUGUUAACAAAUGUUUUAGCUAAAAACAGAAAUUACUUAUUUAUUGUUCAUUAAUAAUUUACAGCAGAUUUAUAUAUUGACUAAAUGACUCAUA